UGUUGAUGAUUCAAUGGCGGGGUCUUCGAUCAUGGAGAACCUGUUCCAACGAACGCUGGAGGAUCUGAUAAAAGCCAUGCGCCUCCAACUGAUCGGCGAAUCGACCUUCAUCUCGAAGGCCACGGAGGAGAUCCGGCGCGAGAUCAAGUCCACCGAUACACACACAAAGUCCACUGCUCUUCACAAGCUAUGGUACCUCUCCGCCAUCUACGGCGUCGACAUGUCUUGGGCUUCGUUCCACGUUGUGGAGGUGAUGUCAUCUUCUCGCUUCGCACACAAGAGGAUAGGAUACGACGCCGCUUCACACUCCUUUCACGAUGACACCCCCGUGCUCCUUCUCAUCACCAAUCAGCUCCGCAAGGACCUCUCCACCAAUAACGACUUCGAGGUAAGCCUCGCCCUCCAUUGCUUCUCCAGAAUUGCCACCCUCGAUCUCGCUAGGGAUUUGACCCCCGAGAUUUUCAACUUGCUUUCCACUUCUAGGGUUUUCGUUAGGAAGAGAGCUAUUGCUGUCGUUUUGAGGCUUUUCGAUAAGUACCCUGACGCUGUUAGGGUUUGCUUCAAGCGCUUGGUUGAAAAUCUUGAGAGUUCCGAUCCUCAGAUUCUCACUGCGGUUAUUGGGGUUUUUUGCGAGCUGGCUUCCAAGGAUCCCGUGUCCUAUCUUCCCUUGGCACCCGAGUUUUAUAGAAUUUUGGUUGAUUCUAGAAACAAUUGGGUUCUGAUCAAGGUGCUUAAAAUAUUUUCCAAGUUGGCUCCUUUGGAACCCAGGUUGGGGAAAAGGAUUGUUGAACCUGUUUGUGAACAUAUGAUGAGAUCUGGAGCGCAGUCGUUGAUAUUUGAGUGUGUUAGGACUGUGCUCACUUGUUUGAGUGAUUAUGAGUCUGCUGUUAAGCUGGCGGCUUCCAAGAUUAGGGAGUUGCUGAUUGACCAGGAUCCCAAUCUUAGGUAUCUAGGGCUUCAAGCGCUCUCGGUUGCUGUGCCGAAGCACUCGUGGGUGGUCUCGGAGAAUAAGGAGGCUGUGAUUAAGUCCUUGAGCGAUGAAGAUUCAAAUAUCAAAGUCGAGUCUCUGCAUUUGUUGAUGGCCAUGGUGUCUGAGACCAAUGUGGCGGAAAUCUCCAGGGUGUUGCUCAAUUAUGCAUUGAAAUCUGACCCGGAAUUCUGCAAUGAGAUUUUGGGUUCCAUAUUAACAACAUGUGGCAGAAAUGUAUAUGAGAUUGUUGUUGACUUUGAUUGGUAUGUAUCCCUUCUUGGAGAAAUGUCCAUGAUUCCUAAUUGCCAAAAGGGUGAGGAAAUUGAGAAUCAGCUUAUUGAUAUCGGCAUGAGAGUUAAGGAUGCUAGAUUGCAGCUUGUUCGGGUUGGUCGUGAUCUGUUGAUCGACCCUGCAUUACUGGGUAAUGUGUACUUGCAUAGGAUAUUGUGUGCUGCUGCUUGGGUUGCUGGAGAGUACGUUAAGGUUGCAAGCAAUCCAUUUGAACUCAUGGAUGCACUCCUACAGCCACGGACCAGUCUAUUGCCACCAUCAGUUAGAGCAGUUUACAUUAAUUCUGUUUUUAAAAUUUUAAUUUUUUGCCUGGAAUGUUACAUUCUGCAAAAUGAAGGUACUGCAUCCAUAUAUUCAGAUAAUUUGGCUGGGGGGCAGUCAGAGUUGUUUAUUGUAAAAAAAGACCCCGAGGCUCCUGAAUUGGCAACAUGUGAAGGUUCAAGUUAUGAACAGGAUGAGGGUUUUAACCCAAGGAACACAACCGAAUCUUCUGAAGAUCUUUCUGUUGAAAACGACAAAGAUAGAGUUGUCACUCAUGGUCAAGCACUUGCGCCUACUCUUUUGGUGAAGAAGAAUUUCAUGCAUGAAUCAAUUGUAAGCCUAUUAAAUCGAAUGGAAUUAAUUUUAGGCCCGUUAACAGCAAAUCAGGAUGUUGAGGUACUGGAGAGAGCACAUAACAUGCUUGCCUUUGUUCAAUUGAUUAAGGCAGAAAUAAUUGAUAAUUCAGUUCAGAAUGUGGACAUUAUGGACAAGAAAGUGACUCAUGUUUCAGCUAUUAUCAAAUUGAUGCGUGAUGCUUUUUCCAUGGAACUUGGUCCAGUCUCGAUAAAUGCACAGGGAAAAGUUGCUGUACCAGAUGGAUUAGUUCUUAAAGAGAAUCUUGAUGACUUAAAAGCAAUAUGUGGUGAUAUUGAACUACCUUCAUCAAGUUCAUUUGCCAUAGGAGGCCCUCACUUUGCUACUACUUCGGAUGCUUCUUCAUCUUCUUCAUCUAAUCUUCUGAAAAAUGAAGAUUUAGGGCCAUUAAAUGAAUCAACAUCCUUGCUUGAACACCGAAAGCGGCAUGGAUUAUAUUACCUUCCUUCAGAGAAGAGUGAGAUUGUUCCUGAUGAUUAUCCUCCUGCAAAUGACCCAAAGUCAAACUCUAAUAUAAAUGAUGAAGUUGCAGAGCUAGCCAAGCUGACAGAACAAUCACUUCUUUUGAAGAAAAGGACAAACCAAACGAAGCCCAGGCCUGUAGUGGUGAAAUUGGAUGAUGGAGAUGUUACACCAAUUUCAGUCAAAAGGUCAGAGACAACAAAUGAUUCUCUUUCUGGUGCCAUAAAAGAUGUUCUUCUAGGAAGUGAAGCCAGUUCAAGUUUGUCUCGAAGUUAUCCUUCUGGUAAGUCAUCAAGUAAGCGAAAAGAGAAAAAGAAACUAAGCACAGAUCUUCCAUCCGAAAUGAAAGAAAAUCUAGGCGAAGCAGAUGACCUUGAAAAUCCGAAUUCAAGUAGCAAAAAUCAUAGUCAUAUUAAAGAGAGAAGACAGAGAGGUAAAGAGAAGAUUGUUGAAGGUGAAGAGCAUGAUAAGAGGGGAAAGAAAAAGAGUAGCCACCGCCAUGGUAGGCAUAAAAAACAUCAAAGAGCGAAUUCACCCUUAAAUGCGGUUUCCCAAACACCAGUAAUUCCAGAUUUUCUUUUGUAGCAUUUAAGGAUUUUGAUUUUGAUUUAUCGUCACCUGUUAUUGAUUGAGGCUGUUUACCUGUAUUCUUAAUGUUGAGCCCUUAGGUUAGUUCUGUAGAUUUAUUUCUAUUUUUUUUUUUGUUAUUGCUUAUGAUUUCUUAAUACUAUUUUUUCUUCUUCUCUGUUUUUGGCCCUACAUGUCACAGAAUGUGUAUAUUUAAGGAGUAAAUUUUCAAGUUGGAUGUUGUU